AAAAAGGUGCUAUAAGUUAGAAAAUUAUAAGUUAGUCAUAUACUGUAUAUAUGUUCAAACUUGUUUUUAAAAAAGUUGUUAAAAGUAGUUAAAAGCUGUUCAAAGCAGUUAAACGAAAAUAUGUCGACAGAAGAUAUAAUUUACCUUCUUCUUUUGGUGUUGUCCAUUCCGUUUGGUCACGUGGUAAAGUUGGCAGGCAGUCCAGCCAUCAAGAGGAUGCUUUGCUUUGGUGCUGGUGUAUUCAUUGUCUUGUUGUUGGUUGGUUACAAGGGGAUGAUACAUUCGUUGGUGACUAUCCUUGGAAAUUAUAUUUUGUUACAACUGGUUGGGCCAAGACAUUGUCGUUUGGUUUCGUUCGUGUACGUGUUUGGAUAUCUCUUCUUCUUUCGAACGUGCAGUCGAUUUGGUUUUCCCGCGCCGCCUUCUCAUUCGAAUGCUGUACAACUAUUGGUUACAUUGAGAAUGAUCAACCUUGCAUUUGAGUAUCACGAUGCAAACGAGAGAAAAGAAUCGAAAGAUGACAGUUGGGAAAAGUUUAGAAUCAAGAAAGAUUUUUCAGCUUCAUUAUUUGAUUACUUUGCUUAUGGCUACUGUUACAUUGGCUUAAUGACAGGCCCUUUUUACACUUACCAAACUUUUCAAGAUAUGUUGUACCAGGAUGGAUCAAAAAUAUCCACAGUGUUGCCAGCUAUACGUAAUUUGAAAUAUUUAUCCAUCUUCUGCGUCCCUUAUAUUUUACUCGCAAAGUAUUAUCCGUUGAACUACCUGGAAAGCGACGAAUGUUUAAACCACACAUGGGGCGUACUGUAUCAACUCUGGAUUCUAUUUCCGACAUUCACGUGGUUCCGAUGGCGUUUUUACAUCGGUUGGAUGUUGGCUGAAGCUAUGUGUAUAACCGCAGGGCUUGGGGCGUAUCCUUUUGAAUGUAAAGCGAGACCAGCUUUGGGUCCCACUCAAUAUAUCCCUGAUGAUUUUGAUGCUGAAGAAUCAGCAAGGCAACAUGAAGGCGACACACACGACUUUGAAACGACACACAACAUUAUCAUAUUUGGUGUGGAGCUAGCUCCUACCAUGAAGCAGGCUAUGAAAGUGUGGAACAUGACCGUGCAAUGGUGGAUGGCAACUUAUGUUUACAAAAAACUACCAAUCAAAUCAAAUCAAAUCAGAAUGUUCUUGUUGCUCUUUGUGAGUGCGUUUUGGCACGGUGUGCAUCCAGGUUACUACGCAACCUUUAUGUCAGUUCCAAUGGUUGUCAUGGGAGAAACUCGAAUGACCAAUGCUGUUAAGCCGUACUUAAGUGAAAAACAACAGUAUUGGUGGGAUUGGAUCACGUGGUUUUGUUUAUACAGAUCGUUUGAGUACCUUGGAGUAGGUUUUAUGCUGUUGAAGUUGGAAUCUAUAUGGAAAGUUUGGACGAGGAUGUAUUUUAUUGGACAUAUAUUUAUAGUUUUGUUUAUCGUUCUGCCAUUUUUUAUUCCAAGAAAGAAGAAAAGACCAGAAACCGAUAAUAGUAUUAAGAACGACGAGAAAGCUGAAAAAACGAAAACCCUUUAAAAGAAUGUUUCUAAAUAAAUUUUUUAGGUAUAUAUUUUAACAAAUCUUUAAAGAAAUUAGAUAUUAUGAAAAUAGUCGUGAUAAAAAAAAUGCCGUAAUGUGUAGAUUUCCAUAGGGCGGCUGCAAUGAUGAGCAAAAUAAUAAUGAAAAAAGAAA